AUGACGGCCGGUAGAUCGAUCUGGAGAUGGGCAUCCUCCUCCUCCGCAUUACAAACACCCAAAACCGACUACAAGAACGAGCCCGUACUCCGAGACUACGUAGACCUCCCGCUUGACUACAAGGACAAGCUGGGCCUGCGGUUCAGGGAGGAGGCAAAAGACCUCUCGUCGUCCGAGGUCAGGGCCGUCUUUGGCUCGUCGCUCAAGCCCGCCGCCGCCAACCGGCUACUGAGGAUAAUGCACGGCCGGCGCGUCGCCGGCACGCUGGAGGAUCCGGCAUUUGCGAUCAAUACCACCGCCUUCACUUCGCAGCAGUGCGACGCUGCGUUAGCGUACCUCCGUGAAAAGAUCCCCGUGGACGAGGUCCUCAACGCAGGACUCCGGGCCGAAGACGAGCUUGCUGCGUUGGAGAAGGAGCUCGCGGAGAGUGUUGACGAGGAUACCUCCUCCUCUUCAACCACCGCCGCCGCUGGCCCCAAAACACCGUCUCUCAGAAAGGAAAACUCCCUCAAGCCCGAUCCCGUCUACGGCUACAGCGCCUUCGAUGCCAUCCGCGCCAGGAACCAGGCCAAGGCCGCCGAGGAGGAGAAGCGCCUCAUCGAGGAGGCCGAGGCCAAGGGCAUCGAGUACAACCCAGGCACCCUCUCCAUCCCGAUCAAGCGCCCGCCCAUGACCCCGCGCAUGCAAAAGUGGACGGAGGAAGGCAGCGCCUCGGACCUGGCGGCGCCCCCGCCCCUGACCCUCGCCGAGCGCAUUCUCCCCUCCGCGGCCGUCGUCCUGCUGCUCGUGGGCCUGCUCUCGGCCUUCGCCGCCGUCUACACCCCGCCCCGCAACGCCGACCGCCUGUUCCCCGAGGUCUCCCCCUCGACGGCGACGGUCGGCGCGCUGAUCGGGCUCAACGUGCUCGUGGCGUGCGCGUGGCGCGUGCCGCCGCUGUGGCGGUUCCUCAAUCGGUACUUUGUCCUCGUCCACGGCAUGCCGAGGGCGGUGACGAUGAUCACGGCCAACUUCUCGCAUAGCUCGUUCGGCCACCUGGCGACCAACAUGGUGGGGCUGUGGUUCAUGGGCACGGCGCUGCACGACGAGGUCGGGCGCGCAAACUUUCUCGGCAUCUACCUCGCCUCGGGCGCCUUCGGGUUCCUGGGCAGCCUGACGGCCUAUACGUUGCGGGGGCUGCUGACCGUCUCGACCGUUGGCGCGUCGGGCGCCGUGUUCGGCGUCGCGACGGCGUACUUUUGGAUGCACCGUUUCGAUUCGUUCAAGGUGCUGGGGUUCCCGCCUGACCCGAUGAACGGGCCUCAGGGCCUGGGGUUCAUUGCCCUGAUCCUUGGGUUCCACGUCUACGCCUUCUUCAGGAGAGGGAAGCAGACGAUCGACCUGACGUCGCAUCUCUUUGGCAUGCUGGCUGGAGUAGUGGGGGUCGAGUUCGUGACGAAGGGAAAGAAGGGGGAGGAGGGGGCGAGGGUGGAUGGGUUGGAGAGGAAGAGGGGCGAUCUCGUCAAGGAUGCGCCGCCUCGCGAGAGCCAGGGCGAUGGUGGAAAUGAUGUCAAGGCUUGA